AGUGGAAAGAAUGUGACGAAUUCAUGAGAUUUUCCCGAUUUUCCUUGAUUUUUCACAUCGCAUUGAAGAGUCGCAGCGACCUUGUCAGCGACUCGCAUCUCCGCGUUUUGUUUGAAUUGCGCAAUGCUUCAUAAUCGCGUUGCGGCUCCAGGAAAUGUUGUUGGAAAUCCUCUGUGAUCUCGCUGUGUGAGAAUCCAGCUGAUAAGAUGUCACCGGCUAGGAAGAGAAGUGCGAGCAGGAGAAGAAAAGCGUCUCCGCGGCGGGAUUUGGCGAGGGAAUUCCAGGAGAAUCGCGAGAAGACAGCCAAGUCUGUGAUGGAAUUCAGGUUUAUCAAGCGCAGAGUGAGGAUUCUCAGUGAGGCGCAGCUCACGAGGGAAGACAGUUCUGGCAUUGUCUACUGGAUGAGUCGCGAUGGGAGAGUUCAGGACAACUGGGCGAUGCUCUUUGCCCAGAAGUUGGCCAUCAAGAAUCAAGCGCCUCUUCACGUUGUCUUCUGUCUGCUGCCGAAGUUCCUCGACGCCACUCUUCGGCACUUCAAGUUCCUCCUGGAAGGCCUGAAGGAGGUUUCCGCGGAGUGCACAGAGCUCGACAUCCAGUUCCACGUCCUGAAGGGCGGUCAGGAGGCGCUGGUGGACUUUGUGGUGGAGCACAACAUCGGAGGCGUUGUCUGUGACUUCAGUCCGCUGGAUUUCUCCAAGGAUUGGGUGGAGAAAGUGAGAAAUGACCUUCCGGAAGACGUUCCUCUGUGUCAAGUCGAUGCGCACAACAUUAUCCCGGUUUGGGUGGCUUCAGACAAAGUCGAGUACUCAGCCAGAACAAUCCGCAAGAAGAUCACCAGUAAUUUGGAGGAAUUCCUCACACCCUUUCCGCCUGUGAUUGUUCAUCCCUUCAAGGCGAGCUUCCAAGCUGAGGAGACCGUCUGGAGUGAUCUUCUGAAGUACUUGAAGGUGGACAAGAAGGUUGGCGACGUGGAUUGGGCCACGCCAGGCUACAAGAGCGCUCUGGCAGUGUUGCAGGACUUCACAGAUCACCGCCUUGAGCGCUAUGCCGAGAAGAGGAACGAUCCGCUGGCCGAUGCUCAGUCGAAUCUCUCUCCUUGGCUGCAUUUUGGUCAAAUUUCCGCCCAGCGAUGUGUUCUCCAUGUGAAUCUCUUCAAGGAUCUCCACAAAGACAGUGUCGAAGCCUUCUGCGAGGAGGCAAUCGUGCGGCGCGAGUUGUCGGAUAACUUUUGCUUCUUCAGCGAACAUCAGAGCACCUUCGAGGGAUUGCACAACUGGGCCAGGACAACUCUGGACGCCCAUCGGAAGGACAAGCGCGAGUUUGUCUACACGCGGAAGCAAUUCGACGAGGCGAAGACGCACGACGACUUGUGGAAUGCAGCUCAGCUGCAGAUGAGGAACGAGGGCAAGAUGCACGGCUUCCUCCGGAUGUACUGGGCCAAGAAGAUCCUGGAGUGGAGCCAGAGUCCCGAGGACGCCAUUGCCAUUGCCAUCUACCUCAAUGAUCGCUACAGUCUGGACGGAAGGGAUGCGAAUGGCAUUGUGGGAAUUCUGUGGUCAGUCGGCGGACUUCACGAUGGGCCGUGGAUGGAGCGUCCGGUGUACGGGAAGAUUCGCUACAUGGCCAUGAGUGGAUGCAAGAAGAAGUUCAAUGUGAAGGAGUUUGUUGAGCGCUAUGGAAAGCCAUCACCGCAGGAUGAAGCCAAGGAUGCCAAGGAUACGAAGAAGAGGAAGAGAAGGAACUAAAAAACCUUUUGUGCCAAUUAUUUGUCGAAUAAAAGACGGAUUUUUCUAUAU